AUGGAGAAAUUAUAUUAUGUUGCUGUUUUGGCUGCGUUCUGCCUCGUCCAGGCUAAUGGAUACAAGGUACCUGAUGCCAAGCUAGAAGCAAUUUAUCCCAAAGGCCUUAGAGUUUCAGUACCGGACGAUGGCUUCACCUUAAUGGCAUUCCAUGGUAAUCUGAAUCAGGAGAUGGAAGGUCUGGAAGCUGGACAGUGGGCUCGUGACAUCACCAAGCCCAAAAACGGCCAGUGGAUCUUCAGAGACAGAAAUGCACAGUUGAAAAUUGGGGAUAAGAUCUACUUUUGGACCUACGUCAUCAAAAAUGGCUUAGGCUACAGACAGGAUAAUGGAGAAUGGACUGUUACUCAUUUCGUAACUGAAGAGGGAAUACCGAUCAAUGAAACCAAUCCGGACCCUAUGCCAGUUCCAAUUCCUGACAGUAGCACGUCAUCACCACCGCCAAUCGCUUGUGAGGUUUCUCCAACAGUCGUUCAAGGUUAUCGUUCCCUGUGCAAGGGAGUGCUCAUCUUCACCGAAGAUUUCAAAAAACCAAAUGUCAAGAGCCUUACCUCAUGGGAUCCAGAAAUUAUGUUCCCUCAAGAACCGGACUAUCCCUUCAACGCAUAUUUGGCGGAUGCCGUGAGCAUAGACAACGGUGCCUUGAAGAUUAAACCUGAACUAACUGAAUCUCGCUACCACGAAGGUUACCUUCAUGAACAAUGGGACCUAUCAAACAUUUGCACGGGACAGGUAGGAACGAGGGAGUGCAGUCUUGUAGCAAAUGGUGCGCAAAUCCUUCCCCCUGUCAUAAGUGGAAAAAUUACGACUCGCAACAAAUUCAACUUCAAGUACGGUAGGAUAGAAGUGCGCGCUAAAUUACCAGCAGGAAGUUGGCUUUUACCAGAAAUAUUAUUGGAGCCACGUGACAACGUAUAUGGAAAACAGCGGUAUGAAUCUGGUAUUAUGAAAAUUGCGUUUGUGAAAGGGAAUGCUGCAUUCGCAAAGAAGUUAUACGGAGGUCCAGUUCUAUCAGACACAGAACCUUACAGAACAUUCCUUCUGAAAGAGAAACUUGGUUUCGAUAAUUUCAACAAAGAUUUUCAUAACUACAGUCUGGUUUGGAAGCCUGAUGGCAUCCAGAUGUAUGUAGAUGGAGAACAAUAUGGGGACGUGACACCUGGAGAAGGUUUCUACUUCAGUGCCAGAGACCACGCGGUCCCUCACGCCUCGAUGUGGCUUAAAGGAUCAAUCAUGGCACCACUGGAUCAAUUCUUCUACAUAUCAUUGGGAGUACGCGUUGGUGGUAUCCAUGAUUUCGAUGAUGCGAGAGACAAACCCUGGAUUAACAGACACACUAAGGCUCUCUACAAAUUUUGGGAACAUAAAGACUUAUGGUACCCUACUUGGUACUCCCCGGAACUGACCGUAGAAUCAAUUAAAGUUUAUGCUCUUUAA